GCAGGCAGAUCAAUGAGCUGGAAGUAGUCACUAUUUUUAACCCUGUGUAGGUAUAAGAGCUGUUUGAAAAUGUCUCUUAUAGAAGUUCUUCUCCAGACAUCAAGUACGGUGACACUGCUGGGGGCUCUGCUGUUUCUGCUGGCUCUUUACCGCCUCUCCUCUGGUUCCAACUCUGAGGAACAGGGGAAGGCGCCUCCAGGACCCAGGCCUCUGCCCCUGCUUGGUAACAUGCUCCAGCUGGAUCUCAAGAGGCCCUACCGCACCCUCUGUGAGCUGUCCAAGAAAUAUGGGUCUGUUUUCACGGUUCACUUUGGACCCACAAAAGUGGUGAUCCUGGCAGGGUACAAGACGGUCAAGCAGGCGCUGGUCAACCAUGCAGAGGAGUUUGGGGACAGGGGCAUGCUUCCUGUGUUCUAUGACUUCACCAAUGGACAUGGUAUUCUGUUUGGCAAUGGCGAAUCAUGGAAAGAGAUGAGGCGCUUUGCCUUGGCGAACCUUAGAGACUUUGGGAUGGGCAAGAAAGUGAUUGAAGAGAAAAUCUUAGAGGAAUCUCUCUACCUGAUUGAAGUGUUUGAAAAUCACAAGGGUAAAGCAUUUGACACAACCCAGCCAUUGAAUUAUGCUGUCUCCAACAUAAUCUCCAACAUUGUGUACGGCAGCAGGUUUGAAUACUCUGACCCCAAGUUCAAAGCCACUGUAAAACGAGCCAAUGAGAACCUCCGAAUAGGUGGCUUUGUUUCAAUACAGUUGUACAACAUGUUCCCCUGGCUGGGCCCUUGGCUGAAAAGCAGGAAGCUUUUGUUGAAGAAUAUUGAGAACAACAAGAAGGAGAUGGGGGAGCUGGUGAGGGGGCUGAAGGAGACUCUCAACCCUCAAAUGUGUAGAGGCUUUGUGGACUCGUUCCUUGUCCGAAAGCAGACCCUGGAGGAAUCUGGCAACAAGAACUCUCACUACCAUGACAACAACCUGAUAUCCUCUGUGGCCAACCUGUUUUCUGCUGGUACAGACACCACAGGGACAACCCUACGCUGGGCUUUGAUGCUAAUGGCCAAGUACCCCCUUAUACAGGACCGGGUCCAGGAGGAGAUCAGCAGGGUUAUAGGAAGUCGUCAGCCCUUAGCAGAGGACAGGAAGAACCUGCCCUACACUGAUGCAGUGAUCCAUGAGACCCAGAGACUGGCCAACGUUUUACCCAUGGCCAUCCCUCACACCACCAGCAGAGACAUCACCUUCCAGGGAUAUUUCAUCAAGAAGGGGACGCUUGUGUUUCCUCUACUGACGUCUGUCCUACAAGACGGAAGCGAAUGGGAGAGCCCACACACCUUUAACCCUGCCCACUUUCUGGAUGAGGAAGGUCGAUUCACCAAGAGGGAUGCCUUCAUGCCCUUCUCUGCAGGUAUUAGGGUGUGUCUGGGGGAGGGUCUGGCCAGGAUGGAGCUCUUCCUCUUCUUCACCUCCCUCCUGCAGCGCUUUCAUUUCUCUCCUCCUCCUGGAGUAACAGAGGAUGAUCUGGACCUCACACCGGCCGUGGGGUUCACCCUCAACCCUUCACCUCACCAGCUGUGUGCUGUGAGCCGGGUCUGA